AAGCAGAGAGCUGAAAUACAAGAACAACAGAAGGAAUAAUAUAUCGAUUUUGUUAUAUCGGGUCGCGUCUGCGCCAGUCGACGUUUCAGAGAAACAGGAAGAGCCCAGUAUUCCAAAACCCGAGAAUAUCCCGAAGUGAAGCAGUUCAAUUAUUUCAGGUGUCAGUGUUGAGAAGGUGUUGAUGAAGGAUCUGAGACUUAUGUCGUUUGAGAGAAAAACAAUCCGCCCAGCUCAUUAUGAGUGAUGCAAAGCUCGGAGCCCUCGAAAAGAAAAAUUCACCAUACUGGCUCCAGAAGUACCAAAUCUGCAAAGCUCCCGAAGUACCUACGGACUCUCGUCUGCGAGGUCCGACAGCGGUGGUAGCUCCAGAAUUGGGGAGGAGGAGACAGCAGUUUGGAGGAGUUCGUUGCACCAGAUACCCCAGCAAUCGCACAAAGAGGCCUCCGAGCAAGAGUCGUUUUUCCAAUUUAGCACAUCCAGUUUUUUAUCGCCCGUUUCCCCUGUACUCUCGACGAUGCCUUCAACACGUGAAAUGGAAAAGUCCUCGUAUACAUUCCUGUGUUCCCCGAAAGAGAUAGAAGAUUAUGAUGUCGGCGAGAUCAAAGAAAUCGCGGAUUGCGAAAACAAGUCCUAUCCUCAGCAGGAGGACCCUGCAGAGUACUGCCCUGGUGGGUACAUGCCUAUAAGUUACAAAACAAUCCUAGGAGAUAAAUAUCACGUAGUCCGAAAACUUGGCUAUGGCCAUUUUUCCACGGUGUGGCUCUGUGAGAAUAUAGCGAACAAAGAAUAUGUGGCUGUUAAAGUGUGCAAGUCAGCAACUGUUUUCACUGCAGUAGCUCAGGACGAAAUCAAAUUGCUACAGUGUACUAGGGAUAAGAACCCCGAUCAUCCUGGUAGUAGAAAUAUUGUACAAAUGUUAGAUUUUUUCAACUGUCAUAGUAUAAACGGCAAUCAUACUGCCAUCGCCUUCGAAAUAAUGGGGCCAAGCCUAUUGCAUCUAAUUAUUCAAAGCGAUUAUCAAGGGAUUCACAUUCCAGGAGUUAAAACCAUUGUGAGACAGGUACUCGAAGGGCUUGUAUACCUUCACGACGAAUGUAACAUAAUCCAUACCGAUAUUAAGCCAGAAAAUAUACUGAUAAAAGUUAAGGACUCUUAUGUUAAGAAAAUGGUUAGUACUACGAAAAAAUUCUACGACCUGGGUGUUCUGAUGCCAAAAUCCUAUGUUGCAGCCGAUAGAUGGACCGAACUGUGCAGUCCUCAGGAAGAGGAGGUCAACGAUGAAACCUUCGAAUGGACAAGGAACAGGUCGUUCCCAGAAGAUUACAACUUAGGAAAUGGUGGCCCGAUCAGGAGAUCGAAAGAGGGCACUAUAAAAGGAGCCAUCUGGAUCGACCCAAACAUCGAGGUCAAGAUUGCUGACCUCGGCAACGCCUGUUGGGACGAUCACCAUUUCACUAACGAAAUACAAACGAAACAAUACCGAGCCUUAGAAGUGAUACUGGAUGCUGGCUACAGUUUCCCCGCUGACAUCUGGUCCUUAGGAUGUGUUGCAUUCGAGCUGGCCACAGGGGAAUACCUCUUCAACCCCAAAAGAUACCAACGCUGUUCGGCAACUGCGGAUCACCUCACCCUAAUCUGGGAGGUCCUGGACGGUAUCCCACCCUACAUAACCUCGAAAGGGCGCAACGCAAUCCGAUACUUCGACAACGGGAGGCUGAGACACGUCGAAGACCAUUACCUCAAAAUUUGGAAGAUAGAAGAUGUUCUUGUUGAUAAGUACGACUGGAAGAGGAUAGACGCGAUUCCUUUCGCAUCGUUUGUGGAGUCAAUGAUCGAGCCCGACCCCCAAUUAAGGAUAACUGCCGCAGCUGCCCUCCAGUCAAGUUGGUUGAAUGAAUAGUUAGAGUUAGAAAGACUGAUUUUGAUUUUCCUUCCAUUUAUUUAGAAGUUUUUUAAUAAAUUGUGAGAAAA